AUGUUUGCUCGAGAAGAACCAUCUCUAAUCGAACAACAACAAGAGGAAAUGGGUCGAAUCAAGCCAAACAAGGAAAAGCAAAAAAAACAAGACGAAAAGAAAUAUAAGAAGAAACAUGACCUUGCUACUCCUAAGCCUUUGGAACCUCGUCAAAAAUGCGGUCAAAAUUUGAAUGCUUCCAACCGAAGGGACACGGGGAGUAAAGCCAAAGGGAUCAGCAUCAAUGACCCACCACCUCAACUGGAGCAACCAACACACGAAGAAUUUGAUUCCGAUACACCUACUGAACAAAGUGAUGAGGAAGUUAAUGAGGAAAAAAGUGGUGGGAAGGAGAUCGAUGAAGAAGAAAUUGGUGGUGAGGAUGAAAGUGAGAAGCAAGUUGAUGAAGAGAUAAGAGAAGUUCAAGAACAAGUACAAGGAGGGGACGUUCAAGAGCAAGGUAAGAAGAAAGAUGUCCCAAAGAAGAAGAAAGGUGACCACAUGCCUGACCCGGAGAAGAUGUUUCUUCGCGGACCUAAGGAUCCUGUUUACGGGUCACCCGGUGAUGGAGGACAGAUGUUAUGGGGGUACAAUGACAGUUGGGCCGUCGUCGAUCACAAGGAUGUCGUUCGUCUUAUGAAGCCAGAAACGUCAGUGAGUAUGAUGAGGCAAUGGCUACUGGAAGGAAUAGAAUCAACCGUUGGAGAAGUUCCGGAAGUAGUCGAUCUAUUCAAUUCUAUGGGGUUGAUACCUGCGAUCGAGAAUUUGGACCUUGGUUACGACAGACCUCUUUGUUCCGCCUUUGCCGAGAGAUAUUACGGGGAAACGGAUACUUUGCAUCUUCCGUUUGGAGAACUGACGAUAACUCCACAUUAUGCGAAGUUCAUUACCGGGCUAAGCAUAGAAGGGAAAGCCGUGAAGUCCAAAUGGUACGCACAAGAGCUUGAGUGGGACAAUAUUUACGCGUUAACCAAGUAUGUGUUCCAGUGGGAUGAGGAGAGGACCAAGUCAGAGAUGCUGGUAGGAAAUUUAAAGCAGAGGAUAUUCCAUCUAUCGAAGCUGAGGGACAACUUCAUGGGAACAAAGAAGCUUCGUGCUGAGGGAAAAGAGGUGGCGCAGGAACGUAUCAUCUCCACGGCCAAUGCGUAUGUCCUCUACGUCCUGGGAGCUGUUAUCUUCCCCGAAGUUUCCGGCGCUCGUAUGAGCGCCAACUUUAUCCAGAUGUUGCAACCAUUUAACAAGAUUCACGAAUACUCUUGGGGCACUUCCAUCCUUGCACACUCGUUGAACGAGUUGAGAAAGGCUUCUAGGGCUAAAAGGAACCAAAUGUGA